CAACAGUAGAGAAAAGCCUUGCAGCCGGAUCCGGGGAAGGUCUCCUCUCGAGCAAGUGAAUAAGAGCGUCUUUCCACAGUCAGAGGCAACUCAGGAGGAAGGGAAAGAAGAUGGAAGAGGAGAACCCAGAAGGCCCUGGAACUGGCAAGAGAUGGAGGAAAAGUCCUCAUCCCCUCCAAGCUGGGAGUAGUGUUGAAUUUUGCGAAAGAGCUGAGCCAGAGAUCUUGGCUCAGGACACUAUGACUACAGAGGAAUGCAGCCGAUGCUUCCGGCAGUUCUUUUACCACGAGGCUGAAGGGCCCCGAGAGGUUUGCAGCCAGCUCCAUGGACUUUGCAACCAGUGGCUGAAGCCGGAGAGGCACAGCAAGAAGCAGAUCCUGGACCUGGUGAUUCUGGAGCAGUUCCUGGCCAUCCUGCCCCAGGAAAUGCGAUGUUGGGUCAGAGGAUGUGGGCCGGAGACCAGUUCCCAGGCGGUGGCCCUGGCCGAAGGUUUCCUGCUGAGUCAGACAGAGGAGAAGAGGCAGGCAGAACAGGUGAGGGGAUUUUAUUCACCCAGCUCAAGCAGUGACCUUUUCCUAAGGCUUCCACUCAGAUAUUUCUCUGGGUGUGCAUGUUAA